AUGGCGACUUUCUCAGGAUUACAUCUUCUCCUCUUCUCCUUCAUCAUAGCAACAGACUUGAACGCGAAUUGUCCUACCGAUCUACGCGUUUUGGAUGGGGGGAAUGUUGUGGCGUGUAAGAGCGCUUGCGAGGCUUUUAACAAACCGGAGUAUUGCUGCACCGGGCCGUUCAAUAAACCGGGAGACUUGUCCUCCGACCGAUUUCUCGAGGAUAUUCAAAGCAGCUUGUCCCAGAGCGUAUAG